AACGUGAAAAAAGUUCUAAACUGUAUUUAUGUGUGGCGACAUUGUCGCAUAUUUAAUAAAAAGCUGGAGAACGGCGAACGGAAAAACACGUUCACAGCUAGUUUAAGCUUGAUCGAUCAAGAAUUCGUUUAUAAUGUUGGAGUCGAUAUUGAAUUGUUUUUAAAAAAGCGUCUGAGCAGUGGUGUGCUGCUCUUUCCACCUGUGAACAAUUAUCGCCGUUAUCUCAUACAUCAAACAUGUGAGAACUAUCGCCAGCAAUACGAUCUUCUAACGUUUUCCGUGGGUCAAGGCCCGCAUCGACGCACAGUUGUCUGUUUUCGCAAUCAGCUUAUUGAUCCGCACGGAUUUGAAUCCCGUAAACAGGAACAGCAGCAGCAACAACAGCAACAACAGCAGCAACACCAACAACCAGUGAAGAGCUGGCGAAGCAACGGUAGAAGCAGCAGCGCAACUAGAAAACGCGUAACGGAACUGUGUAAAAUGGGCGUUAAGAAGCAUAUCAGCGAGACACCUUUAAGUAAAUCGAACUCUGUGGAUCUCUACAGGCCGCCCGCACUCAGGCACAACAGCAGCGAGGAAGCAACAGCAGCAGCCACAGCAGCAGGUGCAACGAAUGAAACGGUGCCAGAGUCAGAGGCAGCACCACAGACUACAGCAACAGAAAUAAUCUCGACAACUACCUCAGUCGCACGCAAAAGGUCGCCAGGCAGAGAGCAAGCAAGCACCGCCGCGGCCGAAGCAGCAGCAGCAACGCGUCGUGAACGGCGUCCCGAUCGCGCGGUUUAUGUGCCAAGGGCACGACGCAGUCAAACAACGCCUCCAACAACGACAACAAUGCCGAUGCCAACGCCAACCGGAGCAGCAGCGCCGACUACGUGCAAUCAACAGCUACAGCCACAGCCACAGCCACAGUCACAGCCAUUGGACAUGCCAGUUGUAAGUACAAACCCGUCAAAAUCAGACGACGGUAACGGGCAGCAGCAGCAUCAACAAACGAAAACAAAAAAAUCAAGAUCUCGCCGAGAUCGUGGCAAGAAAUCGGUUGGCAAAAUUAUUGAGCCAGAUACGUUGCUUGUGAUUGCGCCUAGCGAAAACCAAGCUAACCAAAUACCAGAUACGCCAGGACCACCGCCAGAUAGCAACUGUGAUAAAGAGACAAUGCGAACAAAGACGAGCAAAACCCACAAACAGCAACAGCCGCAAUCGUUGCGCAUCGAAGAUGCUGCGCCGCCAAAAGCCAGCAAUGCGCCAACGACUGAGGAUGUGAACAAAUGUGAUAACGAAGUGCGCGAACUGCAGCGAGCCUCUAAGGAAAUCAACCGCAGCAAUCGUCGCAUCAUGAAACAAACUUUUGUAUCGGAUGUACUUGAGAUACCCGAAAAGAUUGAAUCAGCACCUCAGAUUAGCAAUGCCACUGUCACAGCAGCAACUACAACAACAGCGGCAGCAAGCGCAGCUACUGCUACAUCGCUGACACCACCUGCCGACAGCACCACCGAGGAUGAUGAUGACGAGAACGAAGAUGAUUGGGAGAAUAUGUUUGAUGAGAACGGCGACUGCUUGAAUCCAAAGAUUCUGCAAGAGCUAACCGAAUCGGUGGGCAAGUGCAAAAUCGAAUUGCCCAAAAUGGAUUACAGCCUUUAUCACAUUAAGCAGUCGCUGCUCAAUGAGGAGGAGUUUCCGCAUGUGCUGGAGAUCUCGAAUUUCCCAGUGGAAUUCAAGACACCGGAUCUGCUAAUGCUCUUCUCGCAGUACAAAAGUGCCGGCUUCGAUAUCAAAUGGGUGGAUGAUACACACGCUCUGGCUGUCUUUAGCAGCUCCCGUAUUGCUGCUGAGGUACUGACCAUGGGUCAUCCAUUUGUUAAGUUGAAGCCACUGGCCGAGGCCACACUGGAAUCCCGUCUCAAGGCGAAGAAGGCGGGCGCCACAUCGCUUCAGCCAUAUCGACAACGACCGGAAACUUGUACAGCGUUAGCGCGACGUCUGGUGUCCGGCGCUCUGGGUGUUAAGUUGCCUACGGCACCAGAGGAAAGGGAGAAUGAAAGGCGUGUCCUACGUGAAGCCAAAGAACGUAAACUUUUAGCUGCCAAACAGCGCGACGAGGUCUGGGAAAGCUAGGCCAUUACGAUAGGUGGCAUGAAUGCAUUUUUGGCGGCAUGCUACACAAUGGCUGCCCCAUAUCCAACUCUCACUGUCCUCUCGUUCUCCUUCUCCUUCUUUCUCGUUCUAUCCCUUUGUGACCCUCCUCACUGUCUCAAUCAAAGCUAGUUUAAAACGUAAA